AUAAAAAGCCCGGCUCUCGAUUGGGCAGUCAACAGUCGCUCGCUGGAUACCGCCCACACUUAUCACUCCGCGACAGGAUAUACACCCCCUCAAUAUGUACAAGUUGGUCUUCCUCGUCUGCUCCGCCAUGCUGCUCAGCUAUGUCCUGGCCAGGCCCCAGGAUCAGCGGGCCGCAGGGGUCAGUCCCACGUCGACGACCACAGCUGCCACCAUUGUGAAGCAGGAUAAUGUGAACAACGCCGACGGCAGCUUCAACAGCAGCUACGAGACCUCGAACGGAAUACGCGUGGAGAACAUUGGCUAUCUGAAAAAGAUCAUCGUUCCCAAGACCGAGACCUCCGAUGGCCAGGUGAUCGACGAGCACGAGGAACUCGUGCUGGUUCAGACCGGAUCCUACAGCUACAGCGAUCCCGAUGGCAACCUCAUCACCCUGCGCUACGUGGCCGAUGAGAAUGGAUUCCAGCCGGAGGGUGACCAUCUGCCGGUGGCCCCUCAAUAGUUUUACACACAUAUGUCCAUAGAGUCCCUGUAAUAUUUCGCUUGAAAGUAUUAUGCACUGCCUGAAUGCCAUACGAAAUUGAAAUGCCUACAUUCCGUAGUUAGUCUUAAGCAAACACACACCGAAAUAAAUAUUGGAAACGAUAAUGAAAACGACAA